AUGUUAGACAGGAACACGGGUUUGCAAUUUUUAGUGGACAGCGGUGCUGACGUAUCAAUUAUUCCAUAUGGUCAGAAAACUUCAGCACAGGUAAAUUCGAACAAUGACUUCAUCUUGUAUGCUGCUAAUGGUACUCGGAUACCCACCUAUGGCAUCAUAAUUAUGGAAAUCGAUUUAGGUCUAAGGCGUGCAUUUAGAUGGCCUUUCAUCAUCGCCAAAACCUCAAGAGGCAUUCUGGGUGCUGACUUUUUGAAAAAAUUCAACCUACUCGUCGAUCUGAAGAGACAACAGUUGGUGGAUGGCGACACUAAGCUUUGCAGAAAAGGUGAAUUGGCGUCCAUCACAUCAGAAGAUGUAGUGAGUACUUUAGUCAGUGAAAAACUUGAUAAAUUCAGUGUACUAUUGAACAAUUAUUCUGAGUUAACUCGACCAAAUUUUCUGCCUAGUAAUGUUGAGCACAAUGUUAAACACCAUAUCGUUACAACAGGACAGCCAGUAUUUUCGAAACCUAGACGUCUUGAUAACCAAAAAUUGACUAUAGCUAAGAAAGAAUUUCAGUUUAUGUUGGACAAUGGUAUUAUUCAACCAUCAAAGUAA